UCCCCGCCCCCGUUACUUGCUGCUGCCCGAGGCCUGGGCCUCCGCCGCCGCCCCGCCCCGCGGCCGCCAUGCCGCACAGCUUCAAGCCCGGAGACCUCGUCUUCGCUAAGAUGAAGGGUUACCCGCAUUGGCCAGCUAGGAUCGAUGACAUCGCGGAUGGUGCAGUGAAACCCCCGCCGAACAAGUACCCCAUCUUCUUCUUCGGCACUCACGAGACCGCCUUUUUGGGUCCCAAAGACCUGUUCCCUUAUGAAAAAUAUAAGGACAAAUAUGGGAAACCAAACAAGAGAAAAGGCUUCAACGAGGGAUUAUGGGAAAUCCAGAACAACCCUCAUGCCAGUUACAGUGCCCCUGCGCCUGCCAGCUCCUCUGACAGUGACAUCCCCGAGAAUGACCCGAUGGGGGGAAGUGAUGCUGGUGAUGAUGAAGAAGAUGCUGCCAUGGCUGCAGUCACCACAGAGAAAAUGGAAAGUGAUGAGGACUCAGAUCGAGGCAGCGACCACAGCGGGCUCAAGCGAAAAUCACUGGCAAUGAAAUAUCAGAUGCCAGUGGCAAAAAGGCCUCGGAAAUCUUCAAGUGAAGAUCAAGGCAGCCCUUCUCUGACAGAAGAGGAGAACUCAGAAACGUCUUCUGAGUCAGAAAAAAACAGUGACCAGGACUUCACUCCUGAGAAGAAGCCAGUGGCCAGAGCUCCCCGUAGGAUGCCUGCAGGGGGAAGGAAGAAGAAGAAAGUGGAGUCUGGCUCCGACUCUGACUCCAAGGUGGACUCAGACUCAGAAAUGGGAAACGCGACUGUGGACAUGACCAAGUCAGACUCCAACUCGGAUUCAGACUCCGAUGUGUCUGUUAAAAAGCCUCAACGGGGCAGAAAGCCAGCUGAGAAACCCCCUCCCAAGCCCCGUGGUAGGAAACCGAAACUUGAGCGUGUCCCUAUCAGCUCCAGCAGUGAUAGUGAUAGUGACAGUGAUGUGGACCGUAUCAGUGAAUGGAAGAGGCGAGAUGAGGAAAGGCGACGGGAGCUGGAGGAGAAGAGGAAGAGGGAACAAGAGGAAGAAAUCCGGCGGCUCCGGGAGCAGGAGAAGGAGGAGAAAGAGAAAAGGAAGGAGAAAGCAGAGAAGGGCGAGGAGGUGCAUUCAGACAGCGACAGUAGUGCUGAUGAUGAAGUGGCCAAAAAGGGCAGAAAAGGCCGGGGAAAGGCCCCAUCCUCUUCAGACUCUGAGCUGGAGAUGGAGAAAGAGGUAAAGAAGCCUGUGAAGAAGCAGCCCUCAGAGUUGUCAAGGAAACCAAAUCAGAAGGAGAAGAGAGGCCGAGCAGAGGAGAAACCACGAAACAAACCUUUGAAAGUGGAAAGAGGCCGGAAGAAGUCUGACCUGAUCCCUGAAAGGAGAAUGGAGAAGAAAAAGGAGCCCACAGUUGAAGAGAAACUUCAGAAACUUCACAGUGAGAUCAAGUUUGCCUUGAAGGUGGAUAACCCGGACAUCAAGCGGUGCCUGAAUGCAUUAGAGGAGCUGGGCGCACUCCAGGUUACCUCUCACAUCCUCCAGAAACACACUGAUGUGGUGGCUACUCUGAAGAAGAUCCGUCGCUAUAAAGCAAACAAGGACGUGAUGGAGAAAGCUGCUGAAGUCUACACCCGGUUGAAGUCGCGUGUCUUAGGACCAAAGAUGGAAGCAAUCCAGAAAGCCAACAAAGCUGGGCCUGAGAAGGACAAGGGGGAUGUGGAGAAAGGCCAGGAGAAGCUUUCAGGAGGGGAGACACAGAAUGAGAAGGGAGAAGAGGAAGUGAAUGCUGACUUGUCAGGUCCUGUGAAUGGUGAAUCCUUGUCCCAAAAAACGGAGGGCACAGAAGAGCAGGAGAGAGACAAAAGCCGAGGGCCAGGAGCUGGAGAGAUGGAGGCACCUAGCGAGGAGCCCCAUAACAACGUGCAGGAUUAUCCCAGCACCGAACGGGAGAGGGCUCGUGGGGAGUCAGAGUCUGUGGAUGAUGCAGAGGAGAGCUGAGGAUGCAGAGAGCUGAGCACGUGGGACUGCCUGCAGGAGGAUGUGGAGGGGCCACAUCACCUGCUCUGAAGGGAGACUGGCCUCUGCCUUGCCCAUCUUUGCGUUACUUCACUAAGUCACACAGUAGCUGAUGUCUUAGGUCUUGUCCUGUGCCCCCGACCCCGUGAAAGCACUGAAUGUGGGGGGAGACUGUGCUGUUUUGUCUGUAUUUGUCCCUUCUUUUUUUUUUUCUCCUUCCCUCCCCUCCCCCCCCCCAACCUAAUUUCUUGUGAUUUCAACCGACAUGAAAUGAAUAUAAAGGGUUUUUUAAUGAAAAACAC